AAUUACAAAGUUCUUUUACGAUAACUUCAAUGAUACGUAUUAAAAAUUGAGGUUAUGUUUUACAUUUUUUAUACUAUCAGAAAAACAUUGUUCUAUUAAUUAAAAGUUUUAAUUCUUUUAUUUGGCAAAACAUAAUUUUUAUUAAUAUAUAUAAAAACAAUUUACACGAAUCAAUUUGUUUACCUUUAAAAGAUUUUUCCACUGGAAGCAAGUGCUUGGAGAAUGUAUACAAUACGUGAAAGUAAAGACGCAGACAGCCAAUGUGAUUACAUUGUAUGGAUAGACCUAGAAUUAACUGGACUUAACAUAGAAACAGACACUAUUUUAGAAAUUGCUUGUUUGAUAACAAACAAGGAUUUGGAUAUAGUGAGUGAACCAUUUAAUGUUGUCAUUCAUCACCCAGCUGUUGUUUUAGAAAAUAUGAAUGAAUGGUGCACCUAUAAUCUUCCGAAAUGCGGUUUAGUACAAGAGUCUAAAGAUAGUAAAAUUAGUUUAAAGGAUGCAGAGCAAAUGUUACUUGAUUUCUUGAACAAACAUAUUCCAAGUAAAGUUUGUCCUUUAGCUGGAAAUACAAUUUACAUGGAUCGUUUAUUUUUGAUUAAAUUAAUGCCAUCAGUCAAUGAUUAUUUACAUUAUAGGAUCAUCGAUGUUAGUUCAAUUAAAGAAUUAGUCAGGAGAUGGUAUGGAAAACAAUUUAAAAAAGAUACUAAAUUACAACAUAGAGCACUGCCUGAUAUUAAAAACAGUAUAAAAGAACUAAAAUAUUAUAAAAAGAAUGUAUUUAUACCACCUACAUAGAAGUAAGUUGCCUCAUAAUACUUGUAUUAUUAUUAUAUUACAAAUCUCAGUAAUAUUU